CUACGCCGUCGAUCUCUAGGUACUCCCCCAAUAUCCACCGUCCGUUUCAUUCUCAUUAUCUCCGCAUUUCCUCAACUCUUCAAAUCUCUUUCGCAACUCUUCCUGUUCGCCUCAAGUGAGAAUGGCGGCUCUGCGACAAACUCCGAUCACAUUCCGGCCGUUCUCUCCCCCGUCGGCUAAAAUCAUCGUCUCGCCGACGGCGACGCUCUCCUUCUCUGGAGGCCUGCGACUUCCGAAGUUCACUAUCAAGCCUACUUCCGCCGGGAGACUCUCCCGCCGCCGUGGCGCGGUUGUUGCGCAAAUGGCGGAUUCGGCUGCCCCCAGCUACGCCUCCGCGCUCUGCGAGGUCGCGAAGUCGAACGGGACUCUGGAGCAAACCUCCGCUGAUUUGACGAAGAUCGAGGAGAUCUUCGCGGACGAUUCCGUGCUCGAUUUCUUCUCCAGCCCAGUGAUGAGCGACGAGACGAAGCUCUCGCUGAUCGACGAGAUCGCCGAAUCCGCCGGAUUCCAGACGCACACGGCCAAUUUCCUGAAGGUGCUGGUGGAGAUGGAACGAAUGGAGCUGAUCAGAGAGAUCUUGAAGGAGUUCGAGACGGCCUACGACCGGUUGACGGAGACGGAGCUGGCGGUCGUGACUUCCGUGGUGAAGCUCGAGUCGCAGCACCUGGCGCAGAUCGCCAAGGGCGUCCAGCGCCUCACCGGAGCGAAGAAUGUCCGAAUCAAGACGGCGAUUGACCCGUCUCUGGUCGCCGGGUUCACGAUCCGGUUCGGGAAUUCCGGGUCGAAGAUGAUCGACAUGAGCGUGAAGAAGCAGCUUCAGGAUGUCGCUGCACAGAUUGAGAUGGGAGACAUUCAGUUGGCCAUAUAAUCAAAAAUUUUUCCCCUUUUUUUCCCAAUUUACUCUCCAAUUCAGUCUGCAAAAUCAUGAAUGUUGUAAUGAAUGGAAUUUGUAGAAAUUGAUAAAAGAGAAAAUAAUUUGUAUAUUAAAUUGGCUUGUGAUUA